AUGAGCUACUUCGCGAUACGGCUACACCGCAGCGCCAUCGGGCUGCCUGAGCGGACCCGCGGCGUCCUCGCGGCGCUGGGCCUGCGGCGGCGCGGCAUGACCGUCUUCCACCCGGUCAGCGGGCAGGUGGCCGGUAUGAUCAUGAAGGUCAAGGAGCUGGUGCGCGUCGAGGAGGUCGAGCACGCCAAGACCAAGUUUGAACUCAAGGCUGAGAGGAAGCCGGAUCCGGGCUUUUACGUCGAGAAGGCCGUUCCCAGGUGA